AUGGAACUGCUCUUUGGAUGCUAGAAAACUCCAGAGUAGCUUGGUCACCAGAACCAACAGGCCCUGAACUGAGCCUUGCAGCUGGACAGGAAGCAGCAGAGUCUUGAUACCCAGGAGAAGACCAUCACAGACAUCAAGAAGACAUCCAAAUAGGGCUAGAUGGAUGCCAUGAAAAUUAUGGCCUGGGAUCUUAUUCUUAUCAGUAACUAUGUAGUGACAGCUCCCCAUUACACUGGUAUGUUUGCAAUGAUGCCCUCAAACAUCCAUGCUUUGUCCUUGAAGAUACUGACAACUGAAAUCUAUGGUGCAGUACAUGAAGUACAUCACCCCUUGGCUAUGGGUUCUAUGGAGAAGCAGCUAAAGUUCUCUCAGUUCCAGAAGAUCAAAAUGGAAUUUGAACUCUAGGCAGAAGAGAUGAUGAAUGACAUCACUGAUAAUUCCAUAGGGGACUACAAAGAUUAGAAGAAGAAAUUUGACACCAUUGUGUCCCAAGUGCUAGAUGAACUGGGACUGAUCCUGAUGGUAAAACUUGGCAAUCUCCCUUCCACUAGAGGCUCCCAUUCUGUGGCAAUCAAGUAUUAA